UACCGGCGUCCAACUGAACGCGUGCCCAGCAUCGUUGGGCCGGACGGUCACGAUAUCAUAUUUCUUUCGUCGGAGGUCGACCGUGAUGCCGGUCGACGCUGCCGCCAGCGUGCCGCUGCCGUCGACUGUGCUGUCUUGUGCCGGCCGACGACGGCCUCGGCACAUGGAGAACCAGGACGAAGUGACGGCGGAAGAGCUGCUUGACCACGAAUUGACACAACGCGCGGGGUCGCUGACGCUAGAUCCUGUCGCCGAGGAGCACUUGGACGUCGAGGAAUCGUCGGCCGCGCUCGGUGCGCUCUUGGCCCUCGACGACAACGAGCACUGCGCCGAUUGCCAGGCGCUCCAUCCAAAAUGGGCCACGAUCACGUACGGCGGGUUCAUCUGCACCCAGUGCGCGGGGGUGCAUCGGUCGCUCGGGGUGCACAUCUCAUUUGUCCUGAGCUGCACCCUGGACAAGUGGACACCGUCCCAACUGGCGGCGGUCGUCAACGGCGGCAACACCAAACUGAACGACCACCUCGAGUUUUCCGUCCCCAACUCGGUUCGGAAGCCCGACGCCGACGCGAUGCGGGACGACCGCGCCGCUUACAUCCAGCUCAAGUACGUUGAGCAAGCUUUUCGGAUGGGGCCAAACAAGCGCCGCCAAGAACCGAUCCUGGCCUCCCCCACGACGACCCCCAUACACGCCCCUCGCCAGGUCGCUGUGUCGUCGCACGGAUCGUGCGGGAUGGUCGAGUACGUUGGCAUCGUCACGAUCGAGUUGCUGGAAGGAUCGUCGCUGGCCGCCAUGGACGUGAACGGGAGCUCCGACCCGUACGUGUCAUUUCGUCUGGGCGACCAAGUGAUUUCUAGCCACGCCGUGAAGCACUCGCUCAACCCGUCGUGGAACGAAACCCUCCGGCUGUCGUGGGAUGGCCAGUCGCCACUCGUCGUCCAGGUCUAUAGCUACAACAAACUCCAACCCGAUCGGAAAAUGGGCGCUGCCGUCGUCGACUGCGACCGCCUGCAGCAACUCGACAGCGACAAGCCAGUCAGCAUGUGGAUUCUCACCACGAUGCCGCGCGAGUGGCCCCAAAACUUUGGUGAUCACAUGGUGGCGGCCGGCGAAGGACUGACGAAAGGGGUCGUGACCGGCAUCACGGGAAUCGUCUUGGACCCGAUUCGUGGCGCCAAGCGGAGCGGCUGGGGCGGAUUCGCCAAAGGCGUGGGCCUCGGGAUGGCAGGUGCAGUCGUCCGGCCAAUUCAAGGUCUUGGCGCGAUGAUGAAGCAAACGGCGCUGGGAGUCCUCGGCAAGAAAGGCCGCGACCGCGUGUGGAAGCGCGGCGACGGCGAAGUCAACGCGGGCAGCAUCCACGUCAAGUUAACAUUACAGACGUUUUAGCAAGUGCUGCCACCGGACGAGUUGAUCUACAAAAAACACACUCCGCGUUUCAGCGCAAACGGGCA